AUGACUGGCAGCAUCACCCUGGGCUGCUGCUGGUCCCUUCUGCUCCUGCUGUGCUUGCAAGGUCUGCUGGGCUCAGCCCAUCCAGUGACCUGGAACCCCCCCAGCCAGGAGCUACAAUCCCUGCAGGACCUUCUGGAGAGGCUGAAGGAGAAGUUUCCAGAAGGAGAAAAGGACCCUUUGGAACUCGAAGCCUCUGACUACGGGGCAGACCCUGCAGACGACGACACAGACUUUGACCUCCUACUCAGCCUGCUUGAUCUUCAGAGCCCUCUCAAGCAGGCCGAGAUGGAGGAGCAGUGGAGAACAUUCCUUGCUUCUCCAAAGCGGAGGCACCAUUUCUCCGGGUGCUUUGGGACCAGACUGGAGCGGAUCGGAUCCCGGACGGGACUCGGGUGCAAUUUCUUCAAAGCCCGUUCUCGGAGGAAACCCAGGAGUUGA